UGAAUUAGCAGAAAUGUGUAAGACUCGACCACAUAUUGGAAUAUAUGGUAAUGAAAAAAUAAUUGAAGUCCAAGAGAUGAUAACUGCUGUCAAAGCAUUGGGAGGAAUUCAUGAUAGGGGGUUUGAGAGUAAUAAUAUUCAUUAUGUCUUAGUUCAUGUGGACAAAAUUAAUCAAAUAAACUAUAUACCUCGCCUAAUUGAAUUAAAACAUAUGAAAUGUAAAUUCCUUCAAUUUGGAUGGGACUCAAUGUCUCCCGAUCCAAAAUUCAAAGAGAUUUUUCCACAGGGUGGGAUAGUUACUAUCACACCAAAAGUUCUAUAUUAUCGCGAGAUGAAUUAUCUUGAUCGAAUUUGGGCGGUUAAAAAUUUGCAAAAAAUUGCAAACAAUGCUAUUUGGAAUAUUCAUAUUCACCCGAACAUGGUUAAAUACUUGGAAAAUAUCGCCAGUCAGGAAAGAUGCAAAAGGGCUGUGGAGUCCAGCAUUCAUUUGAAAAGUUUGUAUAAUUUAGGGAGGUUUGAUUAUUUUGACGGUAAUGAGUUUUCUAUAUCACAGGACGAUGUAUCUGUCCAUUCUCUAUAUAACGUGAUGUUGCGUCUGCACAAGAUUUACGCAGGGUAUUUUCGUCAUUUUGUUAUUGUCCAAGAUGAAUCCGAAAUGAAUGAAUCAAAUAUUCAAAUACCUGGUAAUUUAGAUCGAUAUUUGGAUCGCAGUAAUGAAUAA